AUGGCUUUGGGCAAGAACAAGCGCAUCAGCAAGGGCGGCAAGCGCGGCAAGCGCGGAAAGGCGCAGGAGACGAUGGCGCGCAAGGAGUGGUACGACGUCGUGGCGCCGUCGAAUUUCGAGAAGCGCCAGUUCUCCAAGACGAUCUGCAACAAGACGCAGGGCACCCGUAUUGCUGCCGACGUGCUGCGCGGCCGCGUGUUCGAGGCCAACCUCGCCGACCUGAACCAGUCCGCUGGUGAGGAGGAGGCGUACCGCAAGGUGCGCUUCACGGUACAGGAGGUGCAGGGCCGCAACCUGCUGACGCAGUUUCACUCGAUGGAGAUGACGACGGACAAGAUGGCGAGUCUUCUGCGCAAGUGGUGCACGACGAUGGAGACGACGGUGGAGGUGAGGACCGCCGACGGUUACACGAUGCGUCUCUUCGUUGUUGCGUUCACGAAGCCACAGGCGAACCAGCAGUCGCGCAACUGCUACGCGAAGCAACGCCUCGUGAAGUGGCUGCGCAUGCGUGUCACGAAGAUGAUCAAGCGCCGCCUGUCAAAGGUGCAGAUCAAGGAGGCCGUGUCGCUGCUGACGCGCAACGUGCUGAGUGAUGCGCUGGUGCGCCGCUGCAACCCGAUCGUGCCGCUGCGCGAGAUGCGCAUCCGCAAGGUGCGCGUAGUGCGCACGCCGAAGUUCGACGCGCAGGCGCUGCUGAACGCCCACGGCACCAUCCCGACGUCCGUGGAGGCUGACCCGCGCGAGGUGGAGGAGGCGGUCGAGGCUGCACCGGCUGCGGCGAAGGCUGCCGAGUAA